AUGGGUUCUGGUAACUUUAACGAGUUCUUCACUCCGACGACACUCUCGCCUAUUCAUAGCGACGCGGGUACGGACACAGAUGAGUUUACGCCCGAGAGGAACGUUCCUGGUGAAGCUAUCAUCGAGGCUACGGAACAACAUGGACUUCCUCACCCUCUUCCUGCUACAUCUGCGAACGAAACCACUGAGAGUAGUAAGCAAGGUGGUCGAUUCUCGCUCUUCCCAUUUCGCUCGAGUUCGAAGGAUGACACCUUACCAACAACCCACCACCUCGCGUCUACCUCUGGCUCUGGAGCUGGAGGAAAGAUAGGUGAAGGCGCGUAUGGGACGCUUGACCCUGAGGAAGAAGAGAAGAAAAGACUGGAGAGGAGAGCGACGAAACUGGUUCGUGCACAUGCGCGUGGAUUUCAGUUCCUUGCUGGGUUUAAGGGAAACAAGGCUCUUGCACGUCUUGCCCCAGAGGAUAUUGAUCCUGAAGCUCCUCUUCCACGACGUCCAACGCGCUUUUCUCGUCGAAGACCACAAUCCGUACCUGCGGAUAGAAUCAGAGAAAACGAGAUGGAUAGCUCACCUGAGCAACAACCUCAGCACGAGCACCAUCAUUUCCCAUUCACGUUUGGGAUUAGGAAGAGGAAGACGAGGAAGGAGGAAGAUGAGGAUGUGGAGGAUACCGCUGCGAAUGCGAGACAUACGCAUCAUGCGCCGUUGCCGUUUGGAAGUGGAGUGCUUGGUGCGCUCCUGACGCUGUAUGAUCGACCUGCAAAUGGUAUGAGGAGUGGGUUAUCUACGCCUGGUGAUAGGACGCCGAGUGGUAGCGAGCCUGUAUCGCCUGAAUCGGAGAGCUUCCAUGAGCGAGGACUGGGUCGUGCGUACUCCGGCAUGGCGAAGAAAAGGGAACGUGAUAGUGAUAGAGAACUUGAGAGGGAACGAGAGAAAGAAGAGCGAGGCGAUUAUUUUGGCAAGCAUGCAGAGUCUCGCCGGGAACGCGAGGAGUCGAAGGCUCAAAAACAGAUGCAGGAACUUGAGCGUAUCAAUACGCGGUUGAACGCUGGAAGCAUGUUCGAAAACGAUCAGGAGAGGGAACGCGAGCUAGAACGCGAUCGUGAGCAUGGUCGUUAUGCGGGGAGGGAAGGACAGAGCUCCUCUUCAGGUGGGGAUAGCGGACAGCUGACGCCGCCGCAUCCGUUGUAUGCCCAGAAAGGUGGGACACGCUCAUUGCAGAAUCUCAAGAUAAAGGACCCGUUCCUCGAGCUUUCACGUACGAUGUCUGGUGGGAUCGAACGGAUCAAGGAAAAAGCUAGCCCUUCAAGAAUUGCGGCGCUGCCGAUUCCGCGCGUUCCGUUGCUUGGAAGUGAUCCCCUACCUAGCGGUGCACGGAACGCAGGGGGUGUAUUUGGAAGUCUCAUCGCGAGUACGGGGAAUAUCACUGGUGUCGCUGCUCCCGUGCCGAGUCGUAUCGCGCCGGAUCCGAAGAGGCCAGGAUUCCAUUUGAGUCGAUAUUCAUGGGACGAAGAGGUGGAGACGGAUGCACAGGCGAGGAAGAGAGCGAAGAGGGCCGCGGCAGGGUUCCGUACGCCCGGACACAGUCCUCAGGAAAGCAUGCUGGCUAUUAAUGAAUUAGGUUCCCUUGCUGCCGGCGGAGCCAGCGAUCCGAUGAUGCUGGCUAGAAUGUCGAAGAGCGCACCUACCACGCCUGCUGGGGAGCUCGCACCGAGUUUGAUAAUCCCCGGUGCAACGCCGAGUCCGGCUGGUGACGACUCGCCUGCGAGUGUGACCCCACUCAUUGUUUCUACGCCUGGAGGAAAUCUUGAGCCUGCUCCGCCACUUCCUACUCAUAUAUCUGCGAAGAGUCUCGAUGGUACGACGCUCGUUGGCGAACGGCCUUCUCAUAACCGCGCGUAUUCCGAUACUCUUAGUCUGACUACUGUGCCGACGCGUGGGAGUGCCGCUACGACGCUUACUGCGAAUACUACUCCUGGAAAGCAACAACGCAAAUGGGCUGGAAUAUUGAAGGACUUCCAGAAAUACGGUACUGGCUCGAGUGGGUGGACGAGUAGUGAGCCUCGCAGCGGUGCUGCUACACCUGACACGAUGAGCGACGUGGGCAGUCAAGAUCACUGGGACGAGAAACAUCGCCGAUGGGUCAAUUCGGGUAUUAGCGUGGAGGAGAAACGCAAGCGGAAGAGAAAGAAAGCGGAGAUUUUCAUUACAAGGCACGUUGCGGAGAUUAUGCAACGACAGGAGUUUAUCAUGAAGCUUGCGAGAGCAUUUAUGAUGUUCGGUGCGCCGAGCCAUCGAUUGCCUGCACAGAUCCAGGCAACGGCGAGGGUACUGGAUAUGGAACUCAGUUGCAUGUACUUACCGGAUGUGAUGCUGAUUUCGUUCGACGACGCUGCGACGAGUACGAGUAACAUCAAGUUCAUUCGUCAAGGUGCCGCUUUAUCGUUAGGAAAGCUCCAACAGGCAUACGACUUGUAUUGGAAAGUCAUUCACGAUGAAGUCGGAGUUGGCGAGGCGAGUAGGAACUUGGAUGCGCUGAUGCAGCAACGUCAGCCCUAUUCGUCCUGGCAGCUUGCGCUCUUUGGAGGAUUUUGCUCGGCCGCGAUUUGCCAAAUCUUGAGCGUUAGGAAUGAGUUGUACUCCAAUGUCUUUGAAAUUACGAUCGCCACUUUGCUCAGUUUCUUGUCCGCCGUCUUUGCUGGAACGCAUCAUUUCUGCUACUCUGCUGUCGCAUCUGGUUCUAUUGUGCUUAUUCUACCCGGUUUCCUCGUCCUUAACGGUUCGCUCGAACUCUCCAGUCGAAACAUCAUAUCAGGCUCUGUUCGGCUCUGCUAUGCCAUCAUGUAUGCUAUCUUCCUCGGUUUCGGGCUCUCCAUCGGUGGGACGUUAUACGAGAAGGUCACCCAUAACCCUGUCAGCACUCCAGAAGACUACACCUGCGCAAGCAGUCAUCAUGAACUCGGGCCUUGGUACCAGCGUACGCCGAGUACCACCUGGGCGUUCCUCACUGUACCGAUGUUUUCGUUGUUUUUGAGCUUGAGGAACCAGGCGCCUUGGAGGAAGAAAGAGCUACUGGUGACAGUGUUGAUUUCAUGCCUCGGGUGGACGUGUAAUCAUUUUUCGGCGUUGAAGUUCCCGAAUAGAAGUGAUGUGAGCUCGGCGAUUGGAGCGUUCGUCGUCGGCUUCGUUGCCAACAUUUACGGCAGGUUCUUCUCUGGAAACGCAUUUGUCAUCAUGAUCACAGGCAUUCUCUUCCAGCUCCCCUCUGGACUAGGCAAUGGCGGUCUCAUCACCUUCGCCUCGCAAAACAACAGCUCCGGCACGACAACUUCCUACCUCUCCGGGUUUAAGACCGCACUGCAGUUGAUUUCUGUAUGCGUUGGCCUGACGGUAGGGUUAGGGAUUUCUCUUGUGGUCGUCUUUCCGAUUCAGAGUCGGAAACGCGCCGGAGGAAUUUUCAGUUUGUAG